AUGAGGGAACCCUGGAGGUUCCUGUUGGGCCUCUACCUCUUGGCCUGCACAUUCUCCACCCACAGUGCCACCAAUCCCUUCGCCGGGCAGCAAAACCCUCCGGACCCGUGCUACGACGACACAGGUGCAGCCCGCCGCUGUAUCCCCGAGUUUAUCAACGCUGCCUUUGGUAAAGAGGUGGCGGUGUCCAGUGUCUGUGGCCGGCCUUCAUCGCGCUCCUGUAGCGUGGUGGAGCGCGGGGACGAUCGACCCUCUGUGCGCUCGUGUCAAAUCUGCGACGCGGCCGACCCCCGCCGUGCCCACCCGGCCUCCUACCUCACCGACCUCAACUCAGCACACAACCUCACCUGCUGGCAGUCGGAGAAUCUGAACACCUCUCCGUACAAUGUGACUCUCAGCCUUUCGUUGGGGAAAAAGUUUGAAAUCACCUACGUCAGCCUGCAGUUCUGUUCGCCACGACCAGAGUCCCUGGCCGUAUACAAGAGCAUGGACUAUGGCAAGACCUGGAUGCCCUACCAGUUCUACUCCUCUCAGUGCCGGCGCAUGUACAAUCGGCCCAACAAAGCAACAAUUACCAAGCAGAACGAGCAGGAGGCUCUAUGCACAGAUGGCCACACUGACCUCUAUCCUCUCUCUGGUGGACUCAUUGCUUUCAGCACUCUGGAUGGACGGCCCUCUGGGAAAGACUUUGACAACAGCCCGGUCCUCCAGGACUGGGUGACGGUCACCGAUAUCCGCGUGGUGUUCAACCGGCCCCAGCUUCCCCGGGAGCUGGCGCUGGGGGCUGGCAGCAACAGCGGAGGGAGGGACGACGACCCCAUGGCGGUGACAUCGACACUGCCAACUUAUUUCUAUGCAGUGGGAGACUUCCAGGUGGGCGGGAGGUGUAAAUGCAACGGACACGCCUCGCGUUGUCUAAAAGACAAGGAAGGCAAACUGGUGUGUGACUGCAAACACAACACGGAAGGGCCUGAAUGUGACCGCUGCAAACCCUUCCACUACGACCGGCCGUGGCAGAGGGCCAACGCCCGCGAGGCCAACGAGUGUCUGGCGUGUAACUGUAACCUUCACGCCCGUCGCUGUCGAUUCAACAUGGAGCUGUACAAGCUGUCGGGGAGGAAGAGCGGAGGAGUGUGUAUGAACUGCCGCCACAACACCGCGGGACGCCACUGCCACUACUGCAAGGAGGGCUUCUACAGAGACAUGGCCAGAACCAUCACUCACCGACGAGCGUGCAAAGCCUGUGACUGCCACCCUGUGGGCGCAGCAGGCAAGACGUGCAACCAGACCACUGGACAGUGCCCCUGCAAGGACGGCGUCACCGGCAUCACCUGCAACCGCUGCGCCAAGGGCUACCAGCAGAGUCGCUCACCUGUGGCCCCCUGCAUCAAAAUCCCAGUGGCCAACCCCACAGCUGUGGUGAGCAGCACAGAGGAACCAGCAGAUUGUGAGUCCUAUUGUAAACCAGUGAAGGGCAACCUGAAGAUCAAUAUGAAGAAAUAUUGCAAGAAAGAUUAUGCGGUCCAAGUGAACGUCCUGGACAUGGAGACCAUUGGGGACUGGGCCAAGUUCUCCGUCAACGUGGUGUCUGUGUACAAGAGCCGCGGCGAGCCCCUGAAGCGAGGAGACAACAUCCUGUGGGUACACAUGAAGGACCUGGCCUGCAAAUGCCCCAAGAUCCAGAUGAGCAAGCGCUUCUUGGUGAUGGGCGGUAGCGACGGAGGAACGGGCCCAGGGGCGGGUCCAGGGGUUGGCACCGCGGGUGGUGCCGCCAGCACGGGGGCGGAGCGAGUGGGCCUGAUGGCCGAUAAGAACAGCCUGGUGAUCCAGUGGAGGGACGUUUGGACGAGACGUCUGAGGAAGUUCCAGCGCAAAGAGAAGAAGGGGAAGUGCAGCAAAGCGUGA